AUGGCCAAGACGCCUAAGGAGGCAGAUGAGCUUAUUGAGAUGGUUUCUAACAACCAGUACAUGUACACUUCUGAGAGGAACCCUGCAAAUAUUGGGACCACUCAAAAUAGAAGAGGCAUGGAGGAGGCCGUGCCUAAGGAGGAGGAUGUUGCUGAGGAUUUGAAGGGGAAAAAGGCCCAAGAGGAGAUUGGCAGUGUAUUUGUACACACCCCAAUAGUGAUAAAAGAGUCUAAAGUACAACACCUUCAGAACGUGCAAGAGGAGACCAAGGAUGAACAACUUGCUCAAUUCUUGGCAGUCUUCAAGAAGUUACAAAUCAAUAUUCUUUUUGCUGAGGUGUUGGAGAAAAAGCCUCCCUAUAUGGCUUGUUUAAAAAAUGUAUUCUCUGAGAAAAAGGCCCUGAAGAGAGAUGAAACCAUAAUGUUGACCAAGGAAUGUAGUGCACUACUGCAAAAGAAGCUACCUCAGAAAUUGCUAGAUCCCAGAAGCUUCCUAAUUCCCUGUACUAUAGGGACCAUCACAUUUGAGAAGGCACUAUGCAACCUUAGAUCAAGUAUAAAUCUGUCGCCUCUCUCUGUAAUGAAGAAACUGGGGAUCCAAGAGGCGCAGCCCAUAAGGAUCUCACUAGAGAUGGUAGACAAGAUUCUGAAGUGA